UGCGUCUCUGUCUCUCUCCUGGCGUUGGCUUGGCUCUAACUCCAACAAGGCUCAAUCAAGGCUGGGCUCGUCGUCCUCCUCUCCUCCCCCUCCUCCUGUCUCAACAGAAAACCCAAGUAAGUCGUCGCCGCCGCCGCCGCCGCCGCAAUCGUGGGUGAUGGGUCGUGCUCGUCGGAGCGCCGGCGGCGGCCUCCACUGCUGCCUGGCCUUCCUCUUCAAGUUCCUCGCCUUCCUCCAGGCCUUCGCCGCUGUCUCCGCCCUACUCUACGCCGCAUGGAUCCUCUCCCGUUGGGCGCGCCACCACCAUCUCCACCUCCAAGACCUACUCCCCGACCUCUGGUUCGUCUGCGCCCUCAUGGCUGCCGGCCUCUUCUACUGCCUGCUUCUCCUCGCCGGAUGCGUUGCUGCCGAGAUCAACAGCCCCUGCUUCCUCUGCUUCUACACCAUCUUGGCUGUCGUUAUGAUGCUCCUCGAAGCUGCUCUCGCCGCUGAUUUAUUCUUUAACAAACACUGGAUCCAGGAUUUGCCAUAUGACCGCACUGGAGAACUCGAUAAUCUACUUUCCUUCAUCCAAACUAAUCUCGACCUCUGCAAGUGGGCUGCUCUUGCUAUUGUUGCUACACAGGCACUUUCACUUCUCCUGGCAACCAUCUUACGAUCCAUGCUUUCUACCCCGAGUGCCGACUAUGACAGUGAUGAAGAUUUUGUGGUCAUAAGGAGGCCACUUCUGGUUGCCCAAGGUGCUCCCGCUUAUCUUCCUACCACCGCCGAUACUAGAGGUUUCCAUCCAGACCUAUGGAGCUCAAGAAUGAGACACAAGUAUGGAUUGAACUCAAGCAACUACACCUACAACACACUGGAUCCAAAUGCACCACCACCUCAGUAAGCAGCGUGUGACUGAUGAUGAUGUUAGAGAUGAUGAAGAAGCAUGCCUUUGUCCCAAACACCUAGUAUAUACAAACACCAUUUCUUCUAAUAUUGUACUAUCAUUGUUUGCAUGGUUAGUAAUUUUUCAUUUUAUGCCCUCUGGAUUGUACAUAGUUGCAUAUUUCAUUGCAUUUUAGUACUUUCAUCAGUUGAUAUCUGCACAUUUGUGUUUAUGUGGGUGGUACAUGUUGGAGCUCUGCAUCUGUACAAGUGUAUUUGUGCAUGAGGGUGCAACAUUGUUUAAUAGUUGGGAGUAUCUCUUCUUUCUACAAGAUAAGCUGUUCAGUGGUCGGUGUAAAGGGGGAUCAUAUAUGCGAGAUUCAGGCCUGGUACUCCAGCUCGUAGCUUUGAAUUUGUCACAUCUAGUGAUUGUAUACAUAUAUAGCUUGGGGGCUGAUUUUGCCAUCAAAUUCUAUUGAAUUUAUCAGCUCUUUUUUUUCAAUAUUGAACUAAUGUGUUAAUAGAGGAUAAAUCAAGUCUAUAUGGACUCACGAACUUGGGAGCCA